GCAUGCGCACAUGAGGGGAAGAAGAGCGCUCUCUAGCUAGCUAGCUCUCUCUAGUAGUCGAAGGGCCUAGGGAUGGGGAAUUUGUGUGAGUGCCUGGAGCAGCAGCCUCCGCCCGAGGAGAGGAAGAAGAAGGACCAUAAGACGCGUCUCUCGGCACAGCAGCUCCUGGAGUCCACCGAGAACCCCGCCGGUGCUGCAGGAGGAACCGAGGGAGGAACCAAGAAAAAGAGCUCCAAAACAGAAGACGGCGGAGAGAAGGAAGAGCCCGCCGCGGAGGCCGUGCAGGGAGAGAGAACCGGAGGAGACGGAGAAACAGCGAAAACUGAAGCUGGAACGCAGGAAGAGGAGCCCGCGAAGGUGGAAGAGGCUCAGGUCGAGACGCACGGAGACCCCGCAGCUGCAGAGACGAAGCCGGACGGAGAUGACGGAGAAGAGAAAGAGACGCCGGCACCCGCAGGGACUGGGAACGAUGACCAGCAGCCGUUGCUAGCGGCGGAGGAGACCGCAGAACCACCAGAGCGUCGACAGUCUUCAUCCUCUUCCUCGAGUAGCUCCAGCUCUGACAAAGAAGAGAAGGACAACACUGACGGAGUAGAAGAGGUUCCAACACUGCCGACCAGUCUCGCCGGCGAGGCAGACCAGAGUGGUCUCGAAGCGGAGCCGCAGCCCCCGCAGCCAACGGAACCAUCGCCACCACCAGCGCAGCCCGAGGUGGUAAUCGUGGUUCAACAGACUGAGCCUGAACCAUCACCACCACCACCAGCGCAGCCCGAGGUGGUAAUCGUGGUUCAACAGACUGAGCCUGACCCACCGGUGGACCCUCAACCUGAGCCAUCACAACAACCAGAUGCAGUGACUGAGAAAGAGUCUGGGGAGGCUGCUGUGCAACAAGAGGAGGAAGUGGAUGGAGAUGAAGAUGAAGAGGAGGAGGAAGGAGGAGAAGUAGAUUCCAGUGGUGAUGAGGAAGAAGAUACUGUCCUGGUAGCAGGUGGCUCCAGACUCAUGAGAGCGUUUGUGGACGGAUGUCAGAUCAAUCUCACCUCACUCUCCAGCUCUCAAUCACUCAGGAUUAUCGAUGACGGGAGCGUCAAUGCCAAGGGAGGAUUUGGGAAGAAAGCUACGUUCACCGUCCAUGUGAAAGGAGUGAGGAAAGUAGCACUGCAGAAUGUGAAAGAUCCAGAGAAGUGGCUACAGGUCAAGGAUGACGAGCUCUCUGGAAAUGGUACUGGCGAUGAGCACUGUCACUUUAACCUCAGUGAACACUGCGGUUACGUGGUGUUUGAACCGGUGCUGGCUCAAGGGACGCACGUGGGAGUCCGCGAGAAAGGAGACGUCAAGAAACCCAGUCACACAGGCACUAGGAAACACGCUCGCUUCACACCUAUCAUGAAGAUUAAAGGUUUGACUGGAGAUAGUCAACUUCUGGCUCCCUUCACAAACGGGAGAAAAGUCUGCCUAACAUCUCGUGCCAGUGGAAAGUCUCUCAGAAUAGUUGAGAAACUGGUCAAUGGACUUGGAGGCAGGGGGGAGAAAGCUUCAUUCUUUGUCCACGUGAGGAGAAGCGACGUGAUAGCUCUGCAGAAUGUGAAGGACCCUCAGGCCUGGUUGAGAAUCAGAGACUCCAGACUAGAGGGGAAUGGGAAAGGUGGUCGUUUCUGUGAGUUCAGAGUGGAGGAAAGUGAUGGCCACGUGACCCUGGAAUCAGUGGCAGCCCCUGGUCAUUAUGUGGGUAUUGACUCGGAAGGCAGUGUCACUGUCCCUCCAGAGACAGACCCGUCCAGCCAGGCUGCUCACUUCACUCCCAAUAUCAAGCUCCAGAAGGCGGGAGGUGGGGAGCUCCUGAGCAGAUUCACCGAUGAGAAUGUGGUGGUUCUGGAGUCACGAGCCAGCGGGAAUACUCUGAGGUUCAGAGAGGGAGCUGUGGAGGGGGUCGGAGGUCACGGAGCUCUCGCUCAGUUCAUAGUCCAUGUGAAGAAGCCUGGAAUUGUGGCCCUGCAGAACAAGAAGGAACCCAAGCAGUGGCUGAGAAUCAUUAACGGAGAGCUGAACUCUAAGGGAAAAGGUGGAACACUGUGCCACUGGAGCGUACAAGAAGUCGAGGACCACGUUGUUCUGGAGUCGGUUCGUUUCCCAGGCCAGCACGUGGGAGUGAGGGAGAGUGGAGAGGUCAAGAAACCCAGCCACACCGGCAAAGGAAAACAUGCCCAGUUCACCCCCAUUGUCAUAGGUGAAGAUGAAGCAGACUAAGAUGUGCAGUUGAUUGUACUUUUAAAACUAGAGCUGUUUUGUGUUGCAAUUUCACUUGUCUCAAAAGGACUGCCUUUUAGUUUUAGACGUGAUUUUGAAAAUCACAGUCAGUCGUAGAAUUUCUAGUAUUGUGUACAAUAUUAUGUGCGUGUUUGUGUGAAUGUCUCAGUUGAUAUGAGUGGUGUCCUGGGGAAUGGACUGCGCGAUGGAAAUCAUGGUCUGUAUUCUGUCGGUGUCUGCCACUCUCAGGGAAUACUCGGGGACCCCGCACUGCGCUCCCAUCCGCACGCGGGGGUUGCGGUACUGCAUGACGGAAUCCACGUUCGUCCUUGCCGAGCAGUGAAACUCCCUGCACCCGGACCCACGCAGUAUCCGCUCCAGGUUUCGCUCCGUGAUGCCGCCGCCGGCAAUAACCGUCGUGCGACCGCAUGCCCUCCCCACGAGCUCCUGAAGCAACGGAAGGCCCUCCAGCGCCGUGGUCUCUUGCCCGCUCGUCAGCACCCGCUCCACACGCAAACCCACGAUAGCCUCCAGGGCUCUGAACGGGUCUCUGGUCAUGUCAAAAGCUCGGUGGAAAGUUACGGGCUGUGGUCGCGCAAGCUCGAUCAGCUGCGAGCACCUCCUCGUGUCUACCUCCCCGUCUCGAGUUAGGAUCCCGAGCACGAACCCGUCCGCGUCCCCGAUAUCCUUGAGGGCUAUCAGGUCUUCUUUCAUGACUUCAAACUCCUGCUCGCUGUAGGCGAAGUCGCCACCGCGCGGCCGGAUCAUGACGAAGACCGGUACGUUUACUUCUUGCUUGACCACGCGGAGGAGACCGACGCUGGGAGUCAGGCCUCCUUCGCUGAGAGCGCAGCACAGCUCCAGUCGAGACGCUCCUCCGUUGACUGCGUUCACUGCAGACUCCACAGAGUCCACGCACACCUCCAUAAGAGCGUAUGGAUCGGGAGAGCUAGAGAGAGAAGGAAUACUGCUAGGCACCACACCCACUCGAUAGGACAGAGGCGGCCGCCGGCCGG